AUGGCCCUGCCCUUCAAAUAUGGCAUCUCCGCACCUGUAUCGACACAACAAUUUUUCAAGAGCUUCCGAGAAGCAUGGACAAAUAUCCUGCCGCGAUAUCAGCGCGCGCCGGUGAAUCAUAUACCGCGCCGAAUAGGCAUCGCGGUCAGUGGCGGGCCUGAUUCCAUGGCUCUGGCAUAUCUCUGUCGACAAUUGCAGAUCACUCGGCCAGAGCUCAACUUGGACGUGAAAGCGUUUGUGGUUGAUCACAAGUUUCGCGAGGAAAGUACCGAAGAGGCACACAUGGUUACAAAAUGGUUAUCGAAUUUGGAUAUUCAAUCAGAGGUCUUAACUCUAGACUGGCUACCGGGGGAAUCCCCCAAAAAGCAAAUGGCAUUUGAAACCCUUGCUCGCACAAAACGCUAUCAAGCAUUGGGAAUAGCAUGCCUCGAAAACCGCCUCAACACUUUGUUAAUUGGUCACCAUCUGGACGACAACGUCGAAACUGGACUACUAAGGAUGACACCUACAGCCCAACUCGAAGGAUUAGCUGGUAUAGCGCCGGUGGCACGUAUCCCCGAAUGUCACGGAUUAUGGGGCGUAUCUGAAAGCGGAAGCAUCGAAACGAUACGCGGUCGACAGCGAAGCUUCGAAUUCGAUCUCAAGGAAGGUAAAAUGACUCAUUUCUCCACAGUGGAUUGGAAAUUUGAUAUGACCACUGGGGGCGUAUUGCUGUGUCGACCUUUGCUACCGUUUUAUAAGUCAAGUAUUCUGGAAACGUGUCGGGAAGCCAAAGUGCCAUACGUCACGGAUCCGACGAAUUCGGAUCCUACGCUCACUAUCAGAAAUACGAUUAGAAACCUGCUUGCGUCGGACAAGUUACCGCGCGCCCUUAGACCUGCUUCGAUGAGUACGUUUUUGGCGAAUAAUCGUGUGUCGCUACUCGACAUCAUGAGUGAGACGGAUAAACUCCUUCGGGAUUGUCAGCUACUGAAAUUUUAUCCAAAUACUUCGACGAUGGAAGUCAUGUUCCCCACGCUCCCUAUUCAUUCGUCAGAUGCGCAAAAUUAUCGGAUCCUCGCCGCUGCGCUUCGGCGUAUAGUCAAUAUAAUCACUCCGCGCCCGGAAGUGAAAAACCAAGCUCUCAGACUCUACGAAAGAUUUGCGCACGAAAUCUUCACGGGUCAGCAAAGAAACGAUUUCACAGUUGCAGGCGUUCACUUCCGUCUACAGGAAUCACCCAAUAAUAAAGAUACGGGUGUCCUAUUCGACAAUAUCUGGCACAUAUCGCGAACACCGUUCAUGGCGGGCACAGAGCCCAUACUCGAAAUCGAUAAUUUGAGUGAUGAAUGGUCCACCCCAGUACUGUGGGAUAAUCGAUAUUGGUUCCAGUUCCGAUUCAAUCGAGAGUCCGCUUCUGACCCUAAUGACCCUUUGAAGGCCGGUUCUGCAGAUGGCGCAGAACGUCCUUCUGCUCAUUCUGCAGAAGAACUUGCGAGCCUUCAAUCCUUGAACCCGCGCAUCACAAUCCGUCCCCUCGAAAAGAAGGACAUGGCCUUCGUAAACUUCUACCUGAAAACCAUGAAGAGAAACUACGAAUUCGCGAAAUGGGCGCCUCGAAAUUCUCGCUUCACGAUACCCGUCAUCACGACCAGCACACUUCUACCGACAACCGAAAACCAGAACAAUAAAAAAAGGAAAAAGAGAAGGAUCUCUAUCUUGAAAAUUCGAGGCAAUGUUCCGCAAGAAGGGUACAUUGGGUUACCAACGUUGAAUUUAAUGGAUAUGGAUGUGGAUGGGGAGAUUGGGUUCAAGGUUCAGUGUCGCUGGUCGUAUAAGAAUGUUGAUACGGAGGCGUUGAAGAUGAUGGGUUGGUUGGCGGAGGAUCAGAAGAAGGUUGCUGGGUAUCAUGGCCAUUUUUGA